GGAUGUGCAAUGACACGCAGCAGCCUCAAUAAUGGUCUCUCCAUAAACAAACAUCAACCUGGGGAUGGACAAAGUUUCCUAGAUAACCAUUUGAUCACAACCUUAGAUCACCAUCCAAGAAUAUUGUAUUACUGUUUUUUUUACACAUUAAAUACGCGCUUAAAGAAGGUUAUUUAGCUCUAGCCAACGGGAUUCUGUCAACUUUUCCUGCUGUAACGUUAACUUACACAUUGUCCAAACUGGAUUUACAGUCGAGCUAACCUGACAGGCCAAAGUCUUCCAGUGGAUUUCCUGAUAUUAAAUUCAACGGCAUCUGCAACAUCCAUCCUGUAAAUGGGGAACAGUGCGCUCAAAGCUCAUUUGGAAACAUCUCAGAAGACUGGAGUCUUUCAGCUGACCGGAAAGGGUUUGACAGAGUUCCCAGAAGAGCUGCAAAGACUCACCGCCAACCUGCGGACAGUUGAUCUGUCCAAUAACAAAAUCGAGGUGCUUCCAGCGUUCAUAGGAGGCUUCCUGCAGCUCAAGAGUCUUACCAUAAGCAGCAAUAAACUGACCAGUCUACCAAAUGAUAUCGGGAAACUCAAGAAGCUGGAGACUCUUAUAUUAAAUGGGAACCAGUUGAAUCAGCUUCCUGCGUCAGUGGGUCAACUGAAGUCCUUGCGCACCCUGAACCUCUCUGGUAAUCACUUCAAGGAGUUUCCCAGUGGACUCGGCACCCUUCGCCAGCUUGAUGUUCUGGACCUGUCCAAGAAUAAGAUCCACGUGGUUCCUGCAGAGGUGGCCGAACUGCAAGCCAUUGAAAUCAACCUCAAUCAGAACCAGAUUUCAACCCUGUCUCCAGAGGUGUCUCGGACUCCCAGGCUGAAGGUCUUACGGCUGGAGGAGAACUGCCUGGAGCUCGCCUCUAUCCCCAUCUCCAUCCUCACAGAGUCCCAGGUGUCCCUGCUGUCUCUGGAGGGCAACCUGUUCGAAGCGAAAGAUAUACGUGAUCUGGAAGGAUAUGAUAAAUACAUGGAACGUUUCACUGCAACCAAGAAGAAAUUUGCGUGAUCGGUCCGAGGCGUCCUGCUCCUGUUAUCCACGCUGGGAUUUAGCGUGGAGAGGCUCCAGCUUUGACCACACAUGAAAAUGGCUAGACGGGAAUGGAAAAAAAAUGUCAGGAAGGCUCAGAGACCACAGACCUGCUGCUCAACACCGUUACAGUACAGAGAGCACAUGUAUGAAUCACUCUUUCUUUUGCAAAGAUUCGAUAAACUGAGAUAUAGUGCUGAUUCUGCUUUAUGAGGACAUUUACAGUACACUGGAGAGUGGUUUAUUUUAUUUUUGAGCGCACUAAUGCCACGUCAUGUUUUAAUUAACGUAUUGUACGUCCUGGACUCCUUUGCAAUGCAUUUAUUGAUCCAUUUAUUUGAAUGCUUUAGAGUUAGAAAGUAGCCUAUUUCUAACAAUUAAAUCCACUUUAUUAUUUGAUUACACACGUUUAUUUAAGCUUUAUUGUGUAAACCGUUGUGUAAAAGUAUUUCGAUUGAACUGUGAUCUCGAAACGUCCGUUAAAGAAUAUUUGUGAUAUUUAUGAAGUACCCAUUUUUUUUUUCAAACCUCAAAGGCUGCAUAUUAGUCUUAAUGUUGAAUGAAACGAAUGCCAGUGGAUAUUUAUAUUUUUGUUAAUACAACACAAUGCUCAGUUUGAAUUUGCUUUUACACGUUUAAUUUUCUUAAAAGUGCAGAACCUGAAAAGCAUUUUGGUGAAGGAUUAUGUAUUUUAAUGCCAUUUUGAGACUGCAAAUCUAACUCUUUUUGUGUCCACGUGUUAAUCUAUUACUUGCACACUUUAAACCCUGUUUAACUUAAUAUAUGCACAUUAAUGGUAAUGUGUUCAUUUCAAACAUCUAAAUAUGUAAUUUCACAAUCGGAAUGAUAACAAAAGCAGUCAGUAGCUUAUAUUUUCAUGUCAUCUCAAUGUACGGUUUCCUAAAUAUUGUUACGCUACUGCAUUUAGCCGCAGAAUAAAGCUUGCAUUCUAUUAAAAUUACAAUGCCAUGCAAUUGCAAAGCAAAUUACACCUGAAUGUCCUCCUCAGGAUUAAUAAAGUACAUCUAUCUACCUGUACAGUAUUUAUACUUGUGAUUAAUUACUGACACACCAAGACUACCAACUUACAGUUGUGUAUAGUGCAUGUAUAAAUACUUGACAUAUCAUUGAUUAAAAUGAUUUGCUUUGAGACUUGUAAUGUUACUCAAUCAGUCCAUUUGAAAAGCAGACAGCAGUUGAAGAAAAUGAAGCGCUUCUUUCAAAUAAUUCCAAAAAUUUUAACUGAUGUCUAUAUACAUUAAACAUUAAUAUAGGGUUAAACACAAUGAGUUGUAUUAGCAACACUUCCAAUACUACUUCCAACAGAUAUGCGUUAGUGUUUAGCUUAAAUUGCUUCCCAGCCGCUAGACUGGAAUAUAUAAAUAACUUUUAAUGUACCUUCUGACCACAUGCACUGCAGAAAUGUUAAGUUCUCAAUCUGUUUUGUAGUGGAAUUGUCUUACAGUUAUUAAAUCUAAAUACAUUUACCUAUAUAUACUUAAUAUGACGUCUUGUUUUCUGUGAAAUUGUUGGGAGUUUGUGAUUAAAAUAAGAACAAAUAUCUGCCAAUGUGCUCAGAAAAAUCUAUUUAAUUCAAAGGGAAUUUUCAUAACUCAUUGACAGAUAUUUGUUCUUGUUUUAAGUAUAAAUUCACUUAAUUCUGUUACAUUUUUCAGGACUUCAUUUUACAUUUGCCUUUUUAUAAAUGGCUUUAAGAAUGUAAGACUUUCUGCACUGAUUUAAGACCCGCAGUAACACUUUGACCUUUUCACACUUUUACUUUUCAAAUACUAUAUAUAAAAAAAAUAAAAUAAGCAUAGUUGUAUUUGGUCUCAAUUGGUUUAUUUGUAUUAGUGCAAUGAAACAUGCCAAAUUGUGCAGACAUCAUUUUUGGCCCGGACUGUCAUAUAAGAGCGAGAGAGCCAAAUAAAUAUCAAUAACU